GCCCGGCGUGGAUGGAGUGGGGCAGCGCGAGUUCAGGGUGGGCAGAAGCGUGACAGAGUGAGGACACUCACGCACGGCGCGUUUGUUUUUUAUUCCACACGGGUGGUUAAAAAAAAAAAAAAUCCUGAAAUUGGUGGGGUUUUUUUUGUUUUUUUUUAAUGAAAGCAGUUUUGGAAGUUGCUUGGUAAGAAUAAUUCAAUAAAUCAUAUUUGAUUUUUUUUUUUUUUUUUUUAUUGAGGCGAGGAGCAAAGAUGCGGAGGGUUUCGGAGCUGUGGCUCACCGGGGUGACACUUCACCUCCUCGCCCGGGGGGUGUUGGCGGGCUACGGGCUGAGCAUGUUCGCCGCCCAGUCCUCCCCUCCCGACCCGUGCUACGACGAGAACGGCAGCCCUCGGAGGUGCAUCCCGGACUUCGUCAACUCGGCCUUCGGCAAGGACGUGCGCGUCUCCAGCACCUGCGGCUCCCCGCCGGCCCGCUACUGCGUGGUGGCGGAGAAGGGCGAGGAGCGGACGCGGGACUGCCACACCUGCGACGCCGCCGACCCCAAGAAGUCGCACCCGGCGGCGUACCUGACGGACCUGAACAACCCGCACAACCUCACCUGCUGGCAGUCGGAGAACUACGCGCAGUUCCCGCAGAACGUCACCCUCACCCUGUCGCUGGGGAAGAAGUUCGAGGUCACCUACGUCAGCCUGCAGUUCUGCUCGCCCAGACCGGAGUCCAUGGCCAUAUACAAGUCCAUGGACUACGGCAAGAGCUGGGUUCCCUUCCAGUUCUACUCCACCCAGUGCAAGAAGAUGCACAACCGGCAGAACAAGGCGCUGAUCACCAAGCAGAACGAGCAGGAGGCCAUCUGCACGGACUCCCACACCGACAUGCACCCUCUCACCGGCGGCCUCAUCGCCUUCAGCACCCUGGACGGCCGGCCCUCCGCGCACGACUUCGACAACUCCCCCGUGCUGCAGGACUGGGUGACGGCCACCGACGUCAAGGUGAUCUUCAGCCGGCUGCACACCUUCGGGGACGAGAACGAGGACGACUCGGAGCUGGCCCGGGACUCGUACUACUACGCCGUGUCGGACCUGCAGGUGGGCGGCCGGUGCAAGUGCAACGGCCACGCGUCCAAGUGCGUCAAGGACCGGGACGGCCAGCUGGUGUGCGAGUGCAAGCACAACACGGCGGGGCCCGAGUGCGACAGGUGCAAGCCGUUCCACUACGACCGGCCGUGGCAGCGCGCCACGGCGAGGGAAGCCAACGAGUGUGUCGCGUGCCACUGCAACCUUCACGCCCGCCGCUGCCGCUUCAACAUGGAGCUGUACAAGUUGUCGGGCCGCAGGAGUGGAGGCGUGUGUCUGAACUGUCGCCACAACACGGCGGGCCGCCAUUGCCACUACUGCAAGGAAGGAUUCUACAGGGACAUGACAAAGUCCAUAUCACACCGCAGAGCUUGCAAAGCGUGCGACUGCCAUCCGGUCGGAGCCGCGGGGAAGACGUGCAACCAGACCACGGGCCAGUGCCCCUGCAAGGACGGAGUGGCGGGCAUCACCUGCAACCGCUGCGCCAAGGGCUACCAGCAGAGUCGCUCUCCCAUCGCCCCCUGCAUCAAGAUUCCGGUCGCGUCUCCGACGGCAACUUACAGCAGCUACGACGAGACAUCGGAUUGUGAGUCGCACUGUAAAGGGUCGAAGGGGAAGAUGAAGAUCACCAUGAAGAAGUACUGUAAAAAAGACUACGCGGUCCAGGUGCACGUGCUGAAGGGCGACAAGGCGGGCGAGUGGUGGAAGUUCACCGUCAACAUCAUCUCCGUCUACAAACAAGGCGAGCAGCGCAUCCGCCGCGGGGACCAGCUGCUGUGGGUGCGCGCCAAGGACCUGGCCUGCAAGUGUCCCAAGACCAAGCCCGGCAGGAAGUACCUACUCAUGGGCUCCGACCAGCACUCCCCGGGGCAGAGCGGCGUGGUGGCGGACAAGGGCAGCCUGCUCGUCCCCUGGAAGGACCUGUGGGGGCGUCGCCUCAGGAAGUUCCAACAGCGCGACAAGAGGGGCAAGUGCUAGACCAGGUCCCGGGUCCCACAGAACUAGGAGCAUGACUGCUGUUGCUUGGACUAAACGCGUCUUAGUAGGAAGGAAAAGGAGUUUUGUCCAAGAGUUUAUUCUGUUUCUGUUUGGAGUUGCAGAGUUUGCACCUGAUGUUCAAUAUGAGUCCCAUCACAACAAAUCUACCCAUCAUGCUUUUAGCACCAGACUGAUGGAACCUGCUUAUGUCCACAACUCAUCCCUUGUCUUUUUUUGUUGUUAAAAAUACUUUGGGUUACAAUUUUUUUGUUGUUGUUGUUAAAAAAAAAUGUUUUGGUUGCAACAAAAAAAUUUAAGCUAAAAAAUAUUUUUUUUUUAUUUUUUUUAUUUUUUUUUUAAUCAAAUUUUGGCGGUUACAAAUCUUUUUUUUUUUUGGUAAAAAAAAAAUGUUUUCGUUGCAACAAAAAAAUGUAAGCUAAAAAAUAUUUUUUGUUAAUUUUUUUUAAUUUUUUUAAAUCAAAUUUUGGCGGUUACAAAUCUUUUUUUGGGGGGGGUAAAAAAAUGUUUUGGCUGCAUCACAUUUUAAGAUAAAAAAAUUUUUAUUACAAUUUUUUUUUUUUGAGAUUAAAAAUAUUUUUUGGGGUUGCAAAUCAUUUCUCUGGUUCGUUGUCGUUUUUCUUUCUUUUUUGGCUUGCUAAAUCAUUUUUGUUGUAGCAAGUCCUUUUGUUUUUUUGCAAAUAGUUUUGUUUGGAAAUAGAUUUUUUUUUGUUUACAAAUAACAUUUUUGGGGAUAUAAAUUGCUUUUUGGUUGCAGUUGUUAUUUUAAUUAAUUUUUUUUAUGGAAAUCUUUUUUCUGGGUUGAAUAAUUUUUAUGAUUAAAAUCUAUUUUUGUUUGAAAGUACUUUUUUGGGUUAAAAUUCAAAUUUUUUUGGUUGCAAAUCGUUUGGGGGGCGUUAAAAUUAUAUGUUUUUAGUGUUUUGUGCAACUUUUUGGAGGGGGGUUGAAAUUUCAGUUAUUUUGCAAAUCUUUUGUGUCAUUGCAAAAAAGUUUUAUAGUAAAAUUGUUUUUUUUGUACUGGCAAAACUUGUUUUUGCUUAUAAAUCUUUUUAACUGUUAAAAUCGGUUUUCCUUGCAAAUCGUUUAUUGGGGGGUUAAAAAUCUUUUUGGUUACAAAUUAUUUUUUUCUUUGCAGAUCGUGUUUGGUGGGGGUAAAAAACAAUUUUUUUUCCGGUUGCAAAUUGGGGUAUUUUACAAGAUUUUGUGUUGCAAAUAUUUUUUCUUGGUUGCAAAUCAUUUUAGUUUUUUCCAAAUUGUUGUUUUGGUCGGAAAUUAAGGUUUUGUUUUGGGAUGCUAAUAAUUUUUUGGUUGCAGAGGGGGUUUUAUGAUUGGAUUUUUUUAUGAAAACAUUUUUUCGGUUUGUAUGUCAUUUCAUGAGUAAAAUCUGCUUUUGUUUGAAAA